AUCUCCUCUACUGAAAUAUUUAUUAUGUGUAGAACUGAAAUCCAAACUGUACCCUCAAAACAUAAUCCUUAAUUCAAAACCGUACUGAAUGUUAACUAUGAGUGUACACAUCCAGGAUAAACAUCAGGUUCCUUCUAAGAUCGGUGGACGAGCGCACGGUGCACCUGGUAAUAAGUGGCCCCUGGAGCUUAUAGACAUCAUAAACAUAAAUGCCGCCACAAGUCACAGUCGCAGUGUCCAGAAGUUAGAGAACUUCAUUCUUCACAUGUGAUUUGUUUUGUAUGUGUUAAACCAGACUUUGUGUGUGUACAGUGUGUAGGUAACAUAUUGGGUAGAGACAUAUAAAUAUGAUUUUUUUAAGUAUCGGACGAAACUAUUUAUAGUGUUAAUAAAGAUAUUUUUACCAACUUAUUUACAAUGUUGUUUAAAAAUUCUUUCAUAGUUUGUAUUUUCCUUUAAAACGCUUUUGUAUUUUUCUUCAAAUAAAUGAAAUUUGAAAAUUUAUGACUACUGCUGUCAAUUGUAGUAAAUUUCGUUGGACCGGCAAAGGAAACAUAGUACAUACUAUGAACUAUCUUAAAAAGUCGUAAUAAUGUGCUGUAUAAAAGUGAAAUGGAGAAAAAUGAAAUAAAAUAAAUAAUGUAAUGACACGAAAUGAGGUAGCGUUAGUAAAAAAUUGAGGUGUUCAAGGAAUUGUAGCGGACCAAUAAUCAUUUACAAGAACGUUCCAAACUACAAUUUAAGUUUCAUACAAGCAUUCUCGUCAAAGUUACAAUAUUAUUGGUCAUUUCUUACUCGUGGUAUUCGUUACAGUUUUGCAUUUAAAAAUAUACGAUUAUAUCUGUGUAGAAUAUCAUUUAACGGUCUAUAGGGAUGCGUGCGUCGUAUCGCUACGAAUGAAAACUCCUAAAGUUACAGACUUUACAGUAUACUUCCACUUUGUCUUUAAUGUUCUAGAGCAUUCCUGAUAGAACCAGAGCAGGGGUGGCCAACUUGAGUAGCAACAAUAUUUACUGCAUACUGACGAAAUCCUCCGCGAUCUACCAAUGACACUUCUUGAAAUUUAUUGCAACAAGUGCAGUAUACAAACAUAGUAUAUUUGUUUCAUUAAAAAGAUUAAAAUAGAACUGAAAUUUAAUCUUAGUAACUACUUUUUAGUGCGAGUUUUGCGUCUGAGCAUCUUCCCCUAGGUUUUCAAAAUCAGUUUCCCAAGGGUUGACUUCGAAAAGGCACACGAAACGGAACGAUGCCAAUGUGAAAAAUUGCGAAAUAAUAAAAUGUCCUCCAAGCGACGAGCCUGUAUGCGCUAAAGUCACUCAGCGAAACAAGAAAGAAAUCUUCAUAGUCAUGGUGAAUGAAUGUGAAAUGAAAUAUAUGAGAUGUCAUCAAGGCAUAAAAGCGUCUAUUGUACCAAUGUCGAACUGUAAUCACCAAGAACUUCAGAAAGUGGGUAGUUUCAUUCGACACUCCAACAAAGAUACAAAAAAUAGGAGAAGAGACAAAGAAGGAGCUGACGAAGAAGAAGCUGACGAAGCUGACGGUGAAGAAGCUGAAGUAGCUGACGUCGAUUACAAGGAAUACGACGCAUUGUGCCCCUCGUCUUGUCCCGCUCUGAACGUGAUGGUGUGUGCUGAAUGCGGACAUGGGAUAUACAGGACAUUUCUAUCCGUAUGUCAUAUGAGGAUGUUCCGAUGCAGACAUCACGAGGAGAAUAUACAGUUAGCCAGUCGCGAACCGUGCAUGAUGUCGGCGCCAUAUUUGUCCGAAGACGUCAUGAGGCCUAAAGGACGAAUGUCAAAAUCUGAUGACAUUGACACCGUGUUGAAGUUUAUUUACGAGAGGCAGAGGGGAAACUCGGCGGGACAUAGCUCAUAAAAUUAACUAAAGAAAAACUAAGUUUCAAGUUACACACAAAAUAUAUGUAUCUAAAAUUUGAGAGAAA